AUGAGAGCUCCCUGGAAUAUGGACGCAGCAAAAGCUGCACAGCUAUCCAAGGCGCAAUGGCUCCAGGCUCACGAAGCGAUCCUCCUCGAAUGUGGCUAUCUCGUCUGUCUCGAUGGCCACGCCGAAGAACCCCGCGAUGCUUAUCAUCCUAUCACACCCAAGAACGGUGUGAGCACAGCUCUUCCAGAGUUCAACCAGAUUCAAGAGCUUUACGACUACCUGAAAAAGCAAUCCAUGCCCUUGGCCGUUCGACAAAUUUGCCAGCGGGCAUCACCUAACCUGUAUGCUGCAGCCUAUCCGGUCGACGCUUUAGGAUUACCCACGCAGCCUAGCCUGCCUGAGAUUGACGAUAUAGACAAUCCAGAGGUGAUCAUCCAACUCCAGGUCCCCUUUGUUGCCCUGGCUUUGGUGCUCCAGCAGCAUGUCAAGGUGGUACACGAAGAGCUGGGGUUUGAACUAGACCCAGCCCCAGACCUUCAGAAACGUGCCAAGAUGGUCAGCACUGGGAGAGGUCCCCGCAGACCCAAGAAAAAGAUGCCCAUGGAGGAGCAAAUAACAGUUCAGGCUAUUCCCGAAGUUGCGGAGGACAUCCAGAUGCGUACGGAGCCUACGAAAAAGCCCGCUGCUACUGCAUCUUGGGACUUGGAGCAGGCAAGAAGGUCGAUCCCGGUAAAAGACCUUUUAGAGACGAGAAAGAAGGGCAACACCAAUCGCAAAGUCACCGAAACCCAAUUGAAAAGGCACGAGAGACGAGAGAGAGCGACAUCAGGCCUGAAAGAGUUGGUAAAGCAACUAAUCAUGCCAUGGCUCCAAAACAGAGGACAGUUUUUAAGGCAGCAGAGACAGCCUCGUGAGUGCGAAGAAGCAGCCCAUAACGAGCGGCUGGGUGUUAAAAACGCGGAUUUGACCGGCUUAAAUUGCAAGGAGAACCGUAUCCUUCGCCGACUUGAGAAGUCCAAGGAUUGGGUGGAAAGAUCGAGAUGGUCGGAUGAUCUAGAGAAACGCAUCAAGAAUAUCAAUGAGCUGCGGCAUGCGAUUCGUGCGAACACCGGAAAAGUCGCGGAGCUUGAUCAGGAAUUGAUAACUCUCAAGGAGUUGCAGGCGAAGCGGGAGAGAGAGAAUCGGAAAGCUUCCCAAAGCGUCAGGGAUCUUGAAGCACACUUGUCCAGGCUGAGGGACAUGAGGGCCCAUGUCUUGCAAGAGUAUGAAGGCGCCACUAACGGAGAUUUCGAUGGCAACACAUCAGCACCGAAGCCCAUUGCACCUAGCCCCUUGGUCGCUCGGGAGGUGCUCAAAGGAGAGUCCUUCACCAAAAUGAGUAAGAGAAGGUCCGAAAACUCUCAUGUGACACCUGCCGCUAUCCAAGAUCAAUAG